AUCCUUUAAGAGAGAGAAAAAUCGCAAGGCAAAAUAUCAUAUAGAACAGCAACUCACAUUCAGGAACCCAGGAGAUCAGGUAGAAUGAUUAUAGCUAGCACCAAAUAUAAAUCUUGGGAAAUUAUUCAUGAAUUCUGAUUAUGGAUUGGUCUGCUUUUUCCUUGUUAACUAUCUGAACAUGGGAGAUCUCACCCUGAUGCCCACCAGACUUUUGAAAGGGAUCUGUGGUCAGACAGCUUUAGGAAAUGCCCAUCUAUGGCUGAGACUGCCCUUCCACACUGGGCAUGGCCUUGCCAUCCGUGGCCCCUGCUGACUCCUCAGGGAGCUGCAAGUUGAGGGGAAGACCUCAACUUCACAGUGAUGUCAUUUUAUGAAACGCUAGAUGAGACCACUGCCAAGAAGCGCUUGCUCAGCCUCCUUCAACGGCAGGGGAAUCUCCCUCUCUUUUUCUGGGUGAAGCUGAGAAAAGGAUUCAUAAACGAAGUCCGAUCCUUCUCACCAACCCCAGCCCACACCUCCCAGCAAUUGAACUUGAAAAAAACCUGGUUAAAACCACUUCCUAUAUUUGAGACUACAGAAGAGAGUGUUAGGCACAAUUUCCUGGCUGAACAAACCAGCCUAAUACUUAUAGAGAGCACUCCUGACUGUCAUUCAGACUGGACAGACCAGCAAAUGGGUUGAUUCCUCAUCCCUCACCCUCCCAGCACAAUGCAAACAGGAGGCUGACAGGAGGCCUAACAUUCUGCAGAGAAGCACCUUCUCCUCACUGCCCUCAAGCAGACAGCUGAUCCCAGGUGCCAGGAAGAUGGAGCCAAGCUUGCUGAUGUGGGGGUUCUUCACAGUCAUCACAGUACAUGGCUGUGUGGCAGAGUUUUGUGAUGACAACCCACCACAUCUCCGAUUUGCCACAUUCAAAGCCCUCAUGUACAAGGAGGGCACCAUAUUAAACUGCCAUUGCAAGAAAGGCUUCCGAAGAAUAAGCAACAGGUUUCCCUACAUGCUCUGUAAAGGAAACUCCAGCCACACUUUCUGGGAAAACAAAUGUCAGUGCAUAAGGACUUCCCUUGGGAACAGAGAAAAACAAGUUAUUCCUGAAGAAAAGAAGGAAAAUAAAACCACAGAAAUGCAAAGCCAAAUGCAGUCCAUGGACCAAGUCAACCUUCCAGGCCACUGCAGGGAGCCCCCACCGUGGGAACAUGAAGCUUUGGAAAGAAUUUACCAUUUUAGGGUGGGGCAGGCAGUUCACUACCAGUGGGCCCAGGGACUCAGGGCCCAGCAGAGAGGUCCUGCUGAGAGCAUCUGCAAACUGCUCUGUGGGGAGAUGAGGUGGAUGUGGCCACAGCUCAAGUGCAUAAAUGAAAGGGGGAGUCAGUUCCCAGGUGAGGGUGAGCCUCAAGCAAGUACUGAUGCUCCUCCUGGGAGUGACACUUCCUGUCCCUUAAAAAUGACAGGCCCCACAGAUUUUCAAAAACAUACAGAAGUGGCUACCACCACAGAGACGUUCAUAUUUGCAGUCAAGUACCAGAUAGCAGUGGCUGGCUGCAUCCUCCUGCUGAUCAGCGUCCUCCUUCAAAGUGGACUCACCUGGCAGCAGAGAUAG